CAGCCAACAGAGGGCAGACAGCAGACAGCAGACAGCAGAGUUUGGACUUUGGACUUUGUGCCAAUGUUUUGAGGCCUCCGCAGAGUCUGAGCUCACAGCAGCCUGUCAGCUUCGAGGCUACAUCCAGGAGAUGAAAACAAAAAGAAGAGACUGAAAGAUGUCUAACGACGUGGACUCAGUUUUUCCUCCAGGGGACAAGGAAGUGAAAAAGGAGCCACCAGACAUGGAAGGAGACAACGAAGGAGACGACUCUGAACCCGGAUGCAGCGAGGAACUCAGGCUGGUCCUCAUCGGAAAGACCGGAUCUGGCAAGAGCGCGUCAGGAAACACCAUCUUGGGCCGAAAGCAGUUCCUGUCCCAGAUCAGCGCCAGCUCCGUCACCCAGAUCUGCCAGCUUGGGAGCGCCGAGCUCGCCGUGGAAGAGGAUGCUGCUGCGAAGGAGGAGGAGGAGGAGGAGGAUGGAGAGACUGUCACACAGAGGAGGAGGAGGAGGAGGAGAGUCACGGUGGUUGACAUGCCAGGUUUUGGUGACACUCAUCUCAGCGCGGAGCAGAUUCAUGCUGAGAUAGCUAAAUGUGUGUCUCUGUCUGCACCCGGGCCUCAUGCUUUCCUCCUGGUGGUGCCGAUAGGACGAUACACAGACAGCGAGAACCAGGCCGCCUACGAGCUGGUUAACAUGUUUGGGGAGGAUGCACUCCGUCACCACACCGUAGUUCUUUUUACCAGGGGUGAUGACCUGGAGGGCGUAGCAAUUGAAAAGUAUCUGAGCGAGACUGCACCUGCUGGGCUUACAGCUCUGAUCAACAGGUGUGGGGGCAGGUACCAUGUGCUCAAUAACAAAGAUCCCAGUGAUUCAGCACAGGUUCAAGAACUCUUAAUGAAGGUGGAGGCGAUGGUGAAGCAGACUAAACAAGGGUUUUAUACCAACAGGGUGUUUUUAGAGGCGGAGGCUGCCAUUAGGGAGGAGCAGAGAAGGAUGUUGAGGCAAGCAGAGGGGGAGGAAGAAGGCGGAGGCGACAGCAGCGUGGAAAAACAGGCUCAGCUUGCAAAACGGAGGAAGUGUGACUUGGAGUCGGACAGUACUAACAGAGGAGCACAAGGGGUCAGGAGGCGGAGGGAGUUAGAAGCAGGGAAUGAAGAGGGUUUUAGGGUGGAGAGAUGGACGGAGGAGAGGAAAGGAAACCCCUUCAGCCUCAUGAGAGACAGAGUUAGGGACGGGAUCAGAGGCCGGCGCAGCAGGGCCGUGAGCAGGCGACAGUCUCUCUCCUUGUUUCGCACGAGGAGGGAUGCUGCGCUCUCCGCCAAGGUCCUGGAAAGAGUCAAGAUCCUGGUGGCUGCCGGGGCAACAGGCAUGGCGGUCGGUGCGAUGUUUGGGGCGGCUGCCCCUUUAGCAGCUGCAGCCGGGGCGUCUCUUGUGGGGAACUCGGUCGGCUUUGCUGCGGGUCAGUUUGCUGGGAUGUCUGUAGCGGGAGGCACGGGUGUCGGAAAAGCCGUGGGUGCCAUAGUGGCGGCAGCCUCAGGGAAAACCGCAUUGGCUCUGGGGGCGGCAACGGGUGGAGUUUUGGGUGGUUCUGUUGGAGCCGUUGCUGGUGCGGAGGCAGACAGUCCUGGAGAAGGCGCUCUGGAUGCCUUAGGGCAAGUUAGUCUCAUAGGGGCAUCUGUUGUGGGGGUGGCAGCAGGCGUGGGAGGCACCAUGGGAGCUGGUGCUGCUAUAGGUGCAGCUCUGGAGGGAGCAGCUGUAAGCACAGCAGCCCUCGGCGGAGCUGAAACUGCAACUCUCGGUGUAGCAGGUGUAGCCAAUGCUUCUGUAGUGGCCACUGUAGGAGGCGUAGCUGCAGGUGGUGGGACUCCAGGUGCUGCAGCAGGAGCAGCCUUAGCCCAGGAGGUGGCUGUGUGUGGGUUAACCGGACCCGGCGUGGUGUCAGUAGCAGGCAGGGCGUCGAACUCCUGGGACACAACAUCACGGAUCCUGACUGCAGUGGCUGAGAUAGGCAAGGCGGCGGCAGGCAUCGCCCUGGCUGGCGGUCUGGUGGUGAAGGUGGUGAAGGAGAAAGUCAGGUGUGGCACAGGAACUACAGAAGCCAGUUACACAGAGAAGAAGUCUUACGAGGUCUACUGGAACAAAUAAAUACAGGCCGAAUGAGAACAUGAAUUUGAUCAUAUAAUUAGAUCAUAUUCUUUCUUGCCUUACUGACGUCGCACCAGACUCCACAGUAGCUUCCCUCGGUGACAGAUAUUGCUUUUAGCAUGGAAAUGCAAAUCAACCUCAAAGAUACACAUCUAGCAGCCAUAGCAACGUAAUAAACAGAACAAGAUCAUAUGAACAUCAUCAUAAAUUAUAAUAGAUGAAUCAUAAUUGCAAAUGUUGCGAUUGCAAGACAAAUGUCGGAGCUGGUUGAGGCUGGUGAAUGAGUUCAGUGACAUUUGCAACGCUUUGUGGGACAUUCAGCGGAGGAUGUCGGGUACACAGUCUCCUUUUUCCCCCGAGCACAUGUUUCUAAAUCGAUUUUUAUAAGGUCGUGAUUCGUCCUGCAGUCGGUCGGUUUGGAUCCAAACCAAACGCCUUCAUGCACAUUUUAUAAAAUAAAAAAUAAAAAAUGCAGAAACUUCACUUCUGGGAACUCGGCUACUUAAAUUUGGGUCGUCACAGUUCAGUUGUGAAGUUAAAUGAACGACAUGAUUUACAUAAAAGUUUCUAAUUUUUUCUUUCUAAAGAAAAAUCACAAAACUCUAAGAGGUACUUAAAAAUCCUCCAUAUACCAGUGUUUGCUGAGAGUGAGAUUAAUGUAAUUAGUCUUUUUAUUGCAGUAAUGAGUGUUGAAGAUGAACAAAAGGACUGAAGCGUUUAAAAAGCACUUAAAUGCUGAAGUGUUGGUGCAGGCAGCGUGUGGUUGCAUUGUAAUAUUUCACGUCCUGUAACAAGUUUGCAGUUAAGUAUUGUAUUUAUUGAUUUUGAUGAACCACUACCACCUGUUUUCAACUUCUGCAAAUGUAUUAGUGUGAUGAAUCUGCUGCGGUGAAAUAAACAACAACAAAAAGAAAGAC